AUGUCAAGAGAAAACGUUAGCGGAAUCUUUCUCUUUGAAAAGGUGGUAGCAAGCAGCUUUUUAAGUGCCCCACUUAAAAUGCCGCUAAAGUACAAAGUUAAGCAAUUGAGAAUUGACUUUUUGAUGACCAAUAUCAGCACAGUGUUUGAAACGACGACGAUGAAGUUGAUAAUUAUGAUGAUGAUAGCGUCAGUGAUGGAUAUCGAUGAUGUCGAUGACGAUAGGGUUAACGAUGGUGAUGAUGGCAACAAUGACGAUGAUAAGGAUAGCGAUAUUGAUAAUGAUGACGAUAGAUCCAUCUAUCAGAUUCUUUAA